GCGAUGGUGAGUGAGAAUGAGAAGGAGAAACCCCAGCAGGAAGAUGCUGAGCAAGUAGAACCACAUGGAACGUUAUCAGGAAGAUCCAAAGGGAAUGUUUCCGGGCGUUGUGCACUCCCUGAAAAAGCCAAAGCCGGUGAGACUCAGCAGAGGCCAGAGGAAAACUACAGUAGCCACUCAGACCUUAUAACCCGCGACAGAAUCCACUUGGAAGGGAGACGCUACACAUGCCAUGAGUGUGGGAAAAGCUUCAAUCGGAGCUCAGACCUUCUCGUACAUCGUAGAAUCCACACAGGAGAGACGCCCUACACAUGCUCUGAGUGCGGGAAAAGCUUUAAUCACAAUUUUACCCUGACCAGACAUCGGAGAAUCCACAUGGGUGAGAAACCUUAUGGAUGUGCUGAGUGCGGGAAAAGCUUCAGUUGGCGUUCAAACCUUAUCACACAUCGUAGAACCCACACAGGAGAGAUGCCCUACAGAUGCGCUGAGUGCGGGAAAAGCUUCAGUCAGCGCUCAAGCCUUAUCACACAUCAGAGAAUCCACACGGGGCAGAAGCCCUACACUUGCUAUGAGUGCGGGAAAAGCUUUAAUGAAAGCUCUACCCUGAGCAAACAUCAGAGAGUCCACACGGGUGAGAAACCUUACGGAUGCUCUGAGUGCGGGAAGAGAUUUAGUCAGCGUUCAGACCUUAUCAGACAUCAGAGACUUCACACAGGGGAGACGCCCUACAAGUGCCCUGAGUGCGGGAAAAGCUUUAAUCACAGCUCUGCUCUGAGCAAACAUCAGAGAGUCCACACGGGUGAGAAACCUUAUGGAUGCUCUGAGUGCGGGAAAAGCUUCGGUCAGCGUUCAGACCUUAGCAGACAUCAGAGACUUCACACAAGAGAGACGCCCUACACGUGCUCUGAGUGCGGGAAAAGCUUCAGUUGCAGAUCAGUCCUUAUCACACAUCAGAGAAUCCACACAGGAGAGAUGCCCUACACAUGCACUGAGUGCGGGAAAAGCUUUAAUCACCGCUCUACCCUGACCAGACAUCUGAGAAUUCACACGGGUGAGAAACCUUAUGGAUGUUCUGAGUGCGGGAAAAGCUUCAAAAGGAGCUCACACCUUAUUAGACAUCGCAAAAUCCACACUGGAGAACUAAUCCACUUGGAAGGGAAACGCUACACAUGCCAUGAGUGUGGGAAAAGCUUUAAGCGCAGCUCUGACCUGAGCGCACAUGGGAGAAUCCACACUGGUGAGAAACCUUAUGGAUGCGCUGAGUGCGGUAAAAGCUUUAGUCACCCUUCAAACCUUAUCUCACAUCAGAGAAUCCACACAGGAGAGAAGCCCUACACAUGCUCUGAGUGCGGGAAAAGCUUUAAGCAGAGCUCUGCCCUGAGCACACAUAGGAGAAUCCACACGGGUGAGAAACCUUAUGGAUGCUCUGAGUGCGGGAAAAGCUUCAGUCAGCAUUCAACCCUUAUCACACAUCGUAGAACCCACACAGGAGAGAUGCCCUACACAUGCUCUGAGUGUGGGAAAAGCUUUAAGGACAGCUCUGCCCUGAGCGCACAUAGGACAAUCCACACGGGUGAGAAACCUUAUGGAUGCUCUGAGUGCGGGAAAAGCUUCAGUCGGCGCUCAAACCUUAUCACACAUCGUAGAACCCACACAGGAGAGAUGCCCUACACAGGCUCUGAGUGUGGGAAAAGCUUUAAGCAGAGCUUUGAUCUGAGCAGACAUCAGGGAAUCCACACGGGUGAGAAACCUUAUGGAUGCUCUGAGUGCGGGAAAAGCUUCAGUCGGCGUUCAAACCUUAUCACACAUAUUAGAAUCCACACAGGAGAGACGCCCUACACAUGCUCUCAGUGCGGGAAAAGCUUUAAGGACAACUCUGCCCUGAGCGCACAUAGGAGAAUCCACACGGGUGAGAAACCUUAUGGAUGCUCUGAGUGCGGGAAAAGCUUUAAUCACAGCUCUGCCCUGAGCGCACAUAGGAGAAUCCACACGGGUGAGAAACCUUAUGGAUGCUCUGAGUGCGGGAAAAGCUUCAGUCAGCAUUCACACCUUAUCACACAUCGGAGAACCCACACAGGAGAGACGCCCUACACAUGCUCUGAGUGUGGGAAAAGCUUUAAGCACAGCUCUGCCCUGAGCAAACAUCAGGGAAUCCACACGGGUGAGAAACAUUAUGGAUGCUCUGAGUGCGGGAAAAGCUUCAGUCGGCGCUCACACCUUAUCUCACAUCAGAGAAUCCACACAGGAGAGACGCCCUACACAUGCUCUGAGUGCGGGAAAAGCUUUAAUCACAGCUCUGCCCUGAGCGCACAUAGGAGAAUCCACACGGGUGAGAAACCUUAUGGAUGCUCUGAGUGCGGGAAAAGCUUUAGUCAGCGUUCAAACCUUAUCUCACAUCAGAGAAUCCACACAGGAGUGAAGCCCUACACGUGCUCUGAGUGCGGGAAAAGCUUUAGUCAGUGUUCAAACCUUAUCUCACAUCAGAGAAUCCACACAGGACAGAAGCCCUACACAUGCCAUGAGUGUGGGAAAAGCUUUAAGGACAGCUCUACCCUGAGCGCACAUUGGAGAAUCCACACGGGUGAGAAACCUUAUGGAUGCGCUGAGUGCGGGAAAAGCUUUAGUCAGCGUUCAAACCUUAUCACACAUCAGAGAAUCCACAUUUGCUAAUUCUCACCUAGUGAUCU